AACUACUAAUAGCUAAACCACUUGGACUAUAAAACACAACAAAUCAUAAACCAAGCAAAAGAGCCGUGCCCUCCCAAUGAGUUCCUAUUUUGUAAACUCAACUUUCCCAGUGACUCUGCCCGGAGGACAGGAGUCCUUCUUGGGACAGAUACCGUUAUAUUCCUCCGGAUACACAGACCCUUUACGACACUAUCCCGGGGCUGCUUAUGGAGCUACCAGUGUCCAAGACAAGACCUACCCAUCCUCCUUUUACCAGCAAGCGAAUAGUGCUUACGGCAGGGCAACCGCCAUCGGUCCCUGCGAUUACUCGACAGCAAGUUUCUACAGGGAAAAGGACCCUGCUUGCGCCCUCGCCAGCAUAGAGGAACACUCGCUCGUUCUCAGCCAGGACCAUCGCAAGACAGACUGCACGGGGUCGACGGGGAAAAGCAUCUACCCUGAGAUCGACGAACAGAAACCGUCAGCGCCUGUUUAUCCUUGGAUGCAACGGAUGAACUCGUGUAACGGGACAUUCGGAAACGCUGGACGAAGGGGUCGUCAGACGUAUACUCGCUACCAGACGUUAGAAUUGGAGAAAGAGUUCCACUUUAACAGGUAUCUGACCCGAAGGCGCCGAAUUGAGAUUGCGCACGCACUGUGCCUGACAGAACGUCAGAUAAAGAUUUGGUUCCAAAAUCGGCGAAUGAAAUGGAAAAAAGAGAACAAACUGAUCAACUGUUCACAGACCAGCGGCGAAGAGGAGGAGGAGAAGAGGACAGAAUGAAAUUAUGAACGAUAAAUCCCAUGAAAAAGAAACUGUCAGAGAGGGCAUUAGACUCCACUCUCUAAUAACACAAAUGAAGACUUUCCAUCAUGUUAGCAACUCAUUCCUGCUAACUCAUUUUAGUUUCUAUUGUGAUUUUAUAUUUCUUUCUUUUUUUUUUUUUUUUACAUGUGGUUUUGUGCGCUAUUACUAAGACUUUAGAUUUGCUCUUUUACCUGAAAUGUCCAUGUUGAACGAAGCUAUUUGAAAUCUGUCAUAUUCGUGUUCAUAUUUAAACUGUGUAAAACUAAAAGUAAUUUCCCAUUGUAUAAAAAACGUUUAGCUAUAUUUCAUUUUUUGGUAAUGUUUUUUCUUUUUUUUUAGACGUUUAGACAGUUUGAGUUAAUUUAUAGAGUUUGGGUGGAAAGGGCUGGAGCACUUAAAUAUUCCAGAGAAGCAUGGUAGAGGUAUAUUAGUCUAUGAUAGUCCAGUAUUCUAUAAUUUCUUGUACGUGCUUUCUGUUUGUUGUUCAACCCUUCAAUAAACCUUACAAAUCAA